AUGGCGGACCAAGGUACGAAACCACCGGCGGCCGUCCCCGUCGCCGCCGCCGCCGCGCCGUCACCAGCGGUCCCCCUCAAGCCCGAGGGCAACCCAGCCCUGCGCAUGAUGGGCCUGCCGAACCUCCCCAAACGCCUGCCCUCGCGCAACUGGCUCAUCUUCUGGGCGCUGUGCGGCACGAUCUCCGGCGCCAUCAUCUACGACCGGCGCGAGAAGACGCGCGCGACCGAGCGGUGGCGGCGCGCCGUCGCACCCCUCGCCACCGAGCCCAUCGGCGCCGCCAACCAGCUGCCCCGGCGGCUGACCGUGUACAUCGCCGCGCCCCCCGGCGACGGCCUGCGUGCCGCCCAGGACCACUUCAUCGAGUACGCCAAGCCCGUGCUCGCCGCCGCCGGCGUCGACUGGGAGUUCGUCCAGGGCCGCCAGCAGGGCGACGUGCGCGCCGCCGUCGCCGAAAGGGUGAGGCGGGCGCGCCGUGCCGUGGAGCGGCCUGGGGAGACGCUCCCCGCGACGGGCGAGAGCGUCGUCGAGGACCUGCGCACGAGGCUGGAGCUGCCCCGCUACCUUGGCGUCCACGGUGACGUCGUCUUCGGCAGGCACGCGUGGAAGGAGUACGUCCGCGGCCUGCACGAGGGCUGGCUAGGACCCCUGGACCCGCCACCGGCGCCGGUCGUGGAAGCCCCUGAGCCUGCUGCUGCUGCCAACACGACGACGACGACGACGCCCGCUGCCGAUACGGGUGUUGGCGGCGACGCGGCCGCCAAGCCCGAGGAGGAUAACAAGAAAAAGGACGAAAAGCCCAAGCGCCCGCCUCAGCCCGUCCCCUACAACAAGCCCGAGGACUACGAGGCCGCCACCCUCCCGAGCACCAUCCCCGAUCAGCUCCAGCCCUCCACCGCCAUCCCCUUCCCGCACCGCCUCGGCUUCCGGCACACCUUUGUGCGCCUCGGGUGGUUCCUGAACCGCCGCGCCCUCGCCGACGACAUCGGCCGCGAGGUCGCCGCCGUGUGCUUCGCCGCCUCGCGCGACUACGCACCCCGCGACGCCGACGGCGCCGCCGAGCAGCAGCGCCUACUGGAUCACGAGGAGCGCAACUGGCAAAAGUCCGUCUGGGCGCCGGACGUGCCGCCCAAGCCGGAGGACGACACCCGCACGCCCGAGGAGAAGGCGCGACCGCCGAAGGAGAGGAUCUGGGCGAGCCCGCUGUUGCUUGACGAGCGCGUGGCGCAGCGCAUGCGCCGCUUCGAGAUCGAGCCGGAGCGCGAGGCCGCGGCGCGCGCCAUCGUGGUGCCCGAGGAGGCCGUUGAGGGCUUCAUCAAGGGCAGCCUGCGUGGGCUGUGGCGCUGGGGCGUCCGCAGCUGGACGGACCAGCCCAUGCGGCCCAACGUGGGUAACGUGGACGACGAGUAG